GCGCCGCCGCUGCAGCGCCCCCGCUUCCUGUCCGUUCCCAAGUCACCGCUCGCCCUCGUUCCCAGGCUUUGGCCUCCGGCGGGCGAGGAUUCCAGGGCCUGCGGGGUUGGACGCCGGGCACGGAUUGUGCGGACGAGGGUUCGCGCGAGCCAGGCGGAGACUCGAGAGGGGACCCCUGAGCGCGAGCCCCGGAAACUGCGGGCUGGGGCGGAGGGGCCGGGCAGGCGGCGGCGGCGCAGGGGCGGCGGGACCCGGGCCCGACCGUCUGCAGCGCGCGGGACUCUGAGGCCCCGAGAGGGACGUUCGCCUGAGGGGAGUUUUUUCCGUAGGCCCAGAGCCUGCUCCUCGGGACCAGCGGCCUCAGGAGGCGGAGAGAUCUCGGGAGACGAGCGCGCGGGAGGAGCAGCCCUCGGUCCGGAGCCUCGGGAGCCUGGUUCACCGGGUCCCAGCGGGGCCCCUCUGACGAUAGAAGGGACAGCCUCCCACAGGUGUCUCUCAUGGCACCUUCAGGACAGGUGCUCCAGCCACCUCUCACAGCGUCACUGCUUGCAUUUUCCUUCGCCAGGUCUGCCUCCACUUUCACAGUCCUGCACGUUUUUCCAAGAGCAGCAGAAAAUGAAUAAAUCUCUGGGGCCAGUGUCAUUCAAGGACGUGGCCGUGGACUUCACCCAGGAGGAGUGGCAGCAGCUGGACCCCGAGCAGAAGACAACCUACAGGGACGUGAUGCUGGAGAACUACAGCCACCUGGUGUCCAUAGGGUGUCACGUUAUCAAACCGGAAGUUAUCACCAAGUUGGAGCAGGGAGAAGAGCCAUGGAUGGUGGAAGGAGGAUUCCUCCUGCAGAGUUACCCAGAAGUCUGGAAAGUUCAUGAUCUGAUAGAGGGAGUCCAGGAAAAUGAAGACAAACGUUCAAGGCAAACUGUGUCCAUUAACAGCAAAACCCUGACUGAAGAGAGAGGUAAUGUUCUUGGUAAGACUUUCAAUGUGGAAACCAACCCUGUUCCUUCAAGAAAAAUAUCCUAUAAAUGUGACUCAUGUGAAGAAAGUUUAAAAUCUGUUUCAGAAUAUAUUAGUAGUGAUGGAAGCUAUGCAAAAAUGAAACCUGAUGAAUGUAGUGCAUGUGGGAAAUCACUUCUCCAUGUUAAGCUUGAGAAAACUCAUCCAGGAGAUAAACCUUAUGAAUAUAUUCAAAAUAGGGAGGCUUAUACUGUAAAUGAAGAAAGUGUUUAUGAGAACAUUCAUAUUUUGGAGAAACCCUUUGAGUAUAUUGAAUGCCAGAAAGCCUUUCAGAAGGAUCCAGUGUUUGUCAGUCGUUUGGAGGAGAAGCCCUACAAGUGGAAUGGAUCUGAAAUAGCCUUUCUCCAGGUGUCCGACCUCGGUGUGCACCAGAGGGCUCACGUGGAAAUGAAGCCCUACGAAUGCAGUGCGUGUGGGAAGUCCUUCUGUAAAAAGUCCAAGUUUAUAAUACAUCAGAGGACUCAUACAGGAGAGAAACCUUAUGAAUGUAGCCAGUGUGGGAAGUCCUUCUGCCAGAAGGGGACCCUCACCGUGCAUCAGCGGACGCACACAGGGGAGAAGCCCUAUGAAUGUACCGAAUGCGGGAAAACCUUCUACCAGAAGUUACACCUCAUUCAGCAUCAGAGAACUCACUCAGGAGAGAAGCCCUAUGAAUGUAGUUACUGUGGAAAAUCCUUUUGCCAGAAGACGCACCUCACGCAGCACCAGAGAACACACUCCGGGGAGAGGCCCUACGUCUGUCACGACUGUGGGAAAACCUUCUCCCAGAAGUCAGCUCUGAAUGACCAUCAGAAGAUUCACACGGGCGUGAAGCUCUACAAGUGCAACGAGUGCGGGAAGCGCUUCUGCCGCAAGUCCACCCUGACCACGCACCAGCGGACGCACACCGGCGAGAAGCCCUACGAGUGCAACGAGUGCGGCAAGUUCUUCUCGCGGCUGUCGUACCUCACCGUGCACUACAGAACCCACUCCGGGGAGAAGCCCUACGAGUGCAGCGAGUGCGGGAAGACCUUCUACCUGAACUCGGCCCUCAUGAGACACCAGCGGGUGCACACUGGUGAGAAGCCCUACGAGUGUAACGAGUGUGGGAAACUCUUCUCGCAGCUGUCGUACCUCACCAUCCACCACAGAACCCACUCAGGAGUGAAGCCCUAUGAAUGUACCGAGUGCGGGAAGACCUUCUACCAGAACUCGGCCCUCUGCCGGCACCGGAGGAUACACAAGGGAGAGAAGCCCUACGAGUGCUGCGUCUGCGGGAAGUUCUUCUCCCAGAUGUCGUACCUCACCAUCCACCACAGGAUUCACUCCGGGGAGAAGCCCUACGAGUGCAGCCAGUGUGGGAAAACCUUCUGCCAGAACUCGGCCCUGAACAGGCAUCAGAGAACACACACGGGAGAGAAGGCCUAUGAGUGUUACGAGUGCGGCAAGUUCUUCUCCCAGAUGUCGUACCUCACCAUCCAUCAUCGAAUUCAUUCCGGGGAGAAGCCCUUCGAGUGUAACGAAUGUGGGAAGGCCUUCUCUCGGAUGUCCUACCUCACGGUGCACUACAGAACUCACUCAGGAGAGAAGCCCUAUGAAUGUAGUGAGUGUGGGAAGAAAUUCUACCACAAGUCAGCCUUCAACAGCCAUCAGAGAGUUCACAGGAGGGGGAAUGUGAACGUGCUUGACGUGGGACGGCUCCUCUGAAGUGCACAGCAUUUAACGUCCCGGGACCCUCUCAACAUAGUGAAUGAGAAACUCCUGCUGGCGAAAGAGUGUUCACACAGGUGAAUGUGGACAGGCCUUUGAGUGUUAGUCAGACUUGGAGUCUGCAGGCUGGCAGGGGAGAGGCCACAGCUGUGCCCAGGCCACGUGGCGGGCUGGGUGCCAGACUGCACGGGAGUGAACGUUUAUGAGUAUUUGCAGAGCACACAGCUUCACCAUGGAUUCGAACUGCUUUACGUAUCAGGGAAUUCACACCAAGGGGAAACCUCUCAAUUUAAGGAAUUUGGGAAACACAGUCUGCUGGAAAUUGUUGAUACUAAAAGUUAUGUUUCUGAUAAAAUCAUCAAGCUUUUUAUAUUAAAAAGGAAACUACAGAGGACGGCUGUUGUGAAUAAGCACGCACCUUACGUGAGGAGAAGCUGUAAAGCCAUCAGGUAGCCAGUCAGGACAGCCGCGUGCGCACAGGCUCUCACGCGAGUGGUUCUGGGGGUGGCAGGACCAGCGCUUUUCAAGGUGUCUUGGUCUGCCUGCCUGCCUUUUAGGAUGCUGCCUUGCGGAAGUUGUGUGUUUGGAUGAUUCUUGUUUGGAAGGGCGUUGUAUCCUUAUUAAGGUAACCCGUAAGAAAUAAGGUAACAUUAGCCAUUGUAAGUAGCACCACUAUGUGAGCAUCUUAACGUGCAUUGCUAGUGAACUAGUAUUUGAAAAGUAUAAAGUACGCUGCUUUCUGUACUCUUCCCUGGCAUUUAUAAAUGUAUUUUAUCAUUGUUAAUGAACUAAAUCUUCCAUAAGGAAGCCAGUGUUUUUUAUAAUGUUUUCAGCUGUAUCUGAGUCAGCCAGAAGUAGAAAUCUAGGUAUAAGAAUAGAAAACUGCAUAGAUAAUUUUAAGUAGUUAAUGCCAGAAGUCUCUAGUUGUGAGGAACAGCUGUAGGACUCACUGCACUGUAUACAGGUUUUAAAAUGUACUUAAAAUAGUUCUAUUUUCAUGGGAUUUUUUCACCUACUAUUUAUUUUGAUGCCUACGUAAGUGCAGGUGUGCAAAGCACACGUCCCAUGUCACCUAGGAAUUCACUGUACUCUUACUUGAUACGAUGCUGUUUUAAACUCCGUGCUUUGCUCCUUCCUGACCGGAUUCAAAGCACGUCCGUACAGGUUUGCAGCUGGCGUUGCGGAGUGACCACCCGGGCCACGCGCCUGUUGCUGUUGGCUGGCCAUGCUUGGGUAUCGUUCCUCCUCAUAGAACAGGGACAGAUCCUGAUUAGUUUCAGCCAGUAAUGACAGUGCCUUUCUCAUUGCCUGCAACUGGUUUACAGUGGUCAGAGGACCUAGUCCGAGACAGAAAGGAAAAGCCUGAUGGGUUCCUUCUGGAAAAGGUUCCUUCAGAGAUUCAAGGGGUCAUGCCGGGUGAAGUGGAAUCUUCUGGAACAUUCCCUUGUCUGGGUUCAAUGCCUGCUUUUUCGACAGUGAAGUACGAUUUCGCCAAGCAGAGCGAGAAGAGCGGGGACCCUGGGAGCUGGACGCCAGCCAUGCGGCCCCUCCACCUCUGGACUGUUUCUUGUGAAAGAGUAAAUUUAUUUUUCAGCCAGUUAAUUUAGAUUGCCCUGAGUGGUAACUGAGGAUACAAAAUGACACUUUUGUGGGAAUUAUGCAACUGAGAAGUGGACUUGAGGCAAAUCGCUUAUUUUGAGGUGUUGCUACAGAGAUGAUCUUAUUUUCUGUACAUUGUGGUGUAAAUAGUCUGAGCAUUAGCAAUCAGCCGGAAACAGUUAAAUGUGUAUGUUUUCUUGAACUGUUACAUUACUGAGCUAAGAACCUUUGGAACUGAGGUCAGGUCUCUCUGACACCGCAUGACAUACAUCUUGUUCAGGUUCAGUUACGUCACUCACGAUCUCGUUGCCUGUCACUUUCCCUCCGUGUUUGUCUUGACGAUCGUGAGUGUGCUGCCUAACAAGUUAAAAUUCUGGUCGAGCGUAUAGUUGUGUGUAGGAACUGUAUAUUCAUAGUGUAUUUGUUGAAAUAUUUACAGAGGUUUCCCAAACGAGUGGGAAGUAGCUUAAAUACACAGUAUGCAUUUUAAGUAAAAUAUUUGAAAAGUUUUAAUGGUUUACCACAUUCUUUCUCUCUUACGAAGUGGCUGACAUGAAGGAACCCCACACACGUAUGUGAUCGUCACCUGCCUUUUUGGUAAUGCAGUCGUGUGAGUUAUUUCAGAGAUGUCAGUGCUUUCAUGUUAUUACAUCCCGGAAAUUAGGGUCGAUAGCAUGUUCUGACUUAACUGGCAUUGUUUUCUUCUUCCUUAGAGGUACUUAACAUAUCAGUUUGUCUUAGAUUUGAUGGAAUGCAGUAUUUGGAAGGUUUUCAGUAUACCUGGCAAGGCCUGCGUUCAUGGAAGAAGGCGCCAUAGGGGAUGGUUCUGUCCCCAUCCGGCAGCAUAGGACUGCACGUGGCAGUGGGGCAGAGCCGAGUACUUGCUUUUUAUAUGCAGUGAGCUCACACUGUGGAGUGUGAGCCAAUGAGGGACUCCCAGAGCGACUGCCAAGGGCUGAGCAGGAGGUCGACCCUUCCUGGCACAUAGAGAGAUAACUACAUCACAAAUCAGUUGCUUUUCCCUUCCUUGAAUUUAAAGUCUGAUUUCUACCAAACCGAUGAACCAGCACAGGCUGCUGUCAUGUGUCCAUAGCCCAACUCUGGAGAUGCCACAGACAUAAGAGCCGCCCAUGGGUCCAGGGAGCGGCCCUGGACGGGGAAGCGCUGGGCGGAGACGCGAGGAUGUGGUGGUUCCAUGGAGCAGGUACUGGCAGUAGACGGGCAGGUGCUGAAGAGGACUUUCUCCUGCGCGGUGCUUGUACUGACUGCUCCAGUGUCCCCAGCACGUUCCCGCCCACCUGGUACCUCGGGAGACGGGAGCAGGCUCAUCCACUCGGCCCUGCAGGCAGUUCAGGUCCCACUAGAGCAGACCCUCGGUCCAGCUGAGAUGAGGUGUGGACACAGGAGACACAGGGAGAGUCGGCCGGGAGAUCCUCUCCUCUCUCCAAAGCCAAGUCAUCAGUAAACGGGCGCACGUUUCCUGAUGGAGGAGGUGCUUUUGGUGACCAUGUAAAGUGCCCAGAGACGACGGAUCAGGAAGGGGGCACUUCCCAGUUGGAGUGGGCUUUCUCUUCUGUAACACAGCCCUCUACUUAAACUGGAGUUUAGACCUUCUGCCUGCUACUUGUACCAGCCCAGAUUUGCAGAACCCCCAGGGAAACAUGAGGAGUUUACUGUGAGGCAGCACACCAUACCACCUACACAAUGGGCAAGCUUGAGGGGAGAAAGCUAGGUUUCAAAAUUUUCUUAAUAGACAUCCUUAAAGACAAGUAGAUUGGUAGUAUGAAGCAGGAACAGUUACCCAAAAAACGGUGGGGGGUGGGGAAAUGGGCAUGAGUAAUUGGCAUGAAAUAAUUAAAUAGAUGAGAUUAAUAAUAGAAUAAAUACAGCCAAAAAACCAAAUUAGUAGACUGUGAUGGCAAAUCUCCCAGGAUACCACGAAGAAGAAAGAAAUGCAAUGUGAAAAAAGUAACAGAAGCAGAGGACAGUAGAGAUGACAGUGUCUGUAUCCUGGGGAAGAAGGAACAAGAUGGAAGAAAAUACAUGGAUUGAAAAUUGCUCAGAAUUAAAAAAGAAUGAGAUUGAAAAGGGCUGCUGUGAUUCCAGAUGGUGAGAGACAAACCUCAUCCGUCUGUGAAGAACAGGUUUAACCAGUGACUAGAACAUGUCAGGAUACAUCCAGCAAAGUUAAGAAAAGGGCAGUUCAGAGAGGGGACAGUCAGUGCUUGAAGUCAUCAGGAAUUAGAAAAUACAAGUUAAAACAGUAAAAUACCCCUUUGUUCUCAUCAAAAUGGCAAAAAUUACAGCGAUGUGUAAAUAAAUGCUGAUUAAGGAUGUGAA